CGGCGGCAGCGGCGGCAGUUUCACUUUCGGAAGGGACACGUGAUUUCCAGGAAAACGGGAGGGGCGGAUAAAGGAUCGGGAAGGAGGCGGCCGCCCCCAGCGCUGAGAUCAUCGCCCGGCACGGCACGGCACGGCCCGGCACGGCACGGCACGGCACGGCUCGGCGGCUCUGCGGACCCGGCCCCAUGGCAGCGCCGGAGAAGGAGGGGGAUGGCCAGAAGCUGCGGUUCGGGCAGUGGCUGCUGAACGCCAUCAACAGCGGGAGCUACCGGGGGCUGCGCUGGAUCGACUCUGCCCACACCAUCUUCCGCGUCCCCUGGAAGCACAACGCCAGGAAGGACAUCACCAGCAGCGACGUGGAGGUCUUCAAGGCCUGGGCAAAGGUCAGUGGGCGGUAUGAGGAAGGCUCCGAGGACCCGGCCAAGUGGAAGACCAACUUCCGCUGUGCCCUGAGCAGCACCCACUUGUUCAAGCUGGAACAGGACCAUUCCAAGCGUGGUUAUGACCCCCACAAGGUCUUCUCCAUUGUCUCAGCCACCAUCCAGGACAGCAAGGAGGGAAAUUCCAGCAUCCCCAAGCCUGUGGUGGACCAGCAGGCAGCACAACAGCAGCUGCAGCUGGAGCUCCCCCCCCAAGACAUGGCCUCAGCCAUCACUGUCUCAGGAUGCACUGACCCCACAGACCUCUCGAUUCUGGAGGAGCUGCUGCAGCAGUGUGACAUCUCUCCCCGUGACCUUGGCUCGCUGGCCCCAUCCUGGGUGCCCACAGGUGGUUUCUCUGCCGGGGACACUCCCCACCAGGAUGUCAUGCUCCAGCCUCACCAGGACACCAUGCUCCAGCCUUAUGCAGACAGCAGCCAAAACAGCUGCUUCCCUCCCACAACAUUUUCACAAUGGGUGCCCACGGUGGAGCAGCCCGCCUUGGACACCUACCAACCAACGGGCCUCAUGCCGCCAGAGGAGACGGGGGCCAUGCCACCGCCGUGCCACCUGACGGAGGGCACGGUCCCCAUGCAGUACGCGGCGGAGGCGACGUUGUUCGUGCCCGCCGCCAGCCCGGUGUCACAGCCACGGCUGCUGCUGGAUAACACAGAUGGCAUCGUCUCCAUCCUAGAUGUCACCAUCUACUACCGGGGGAAGGAGGUCCACCGGGAGAUGGUGGGGGGCAGCCACUGCCUGCUGACAUACCAGCCCCUGAGCCUGCCGGGGGCGCCGUGCCCCUGGCACGUGGUGCACUUCCCCAGCCCCGCCAGCCUGGCCGACAGCAAGCAGCGGCACAUCACCGAGAAGCUGCUGCUCAUCGCAGGGCUGCAGCUGGAGCAACGCGCCUACAAGGUCUUUGCCACCCGCCGGGAGAAGUGCAAGGUGUUCUGGGCCUUGUCCCAGCAGCUCGAGGGGGUCGAGGAGCCCCCACCCAACCUGCUGUGCCGGGACGAGGAAACGCCCAUCUUUGACUUCAAUGAGUUUUGCUUAGAGCUGAGGGACUUCCGCAACGGCCAAAGGCGGCGAUCCCCUGACUUCACCAUCUACCUCUGCUUUGGGCAGGCCUUCUCCAAGACCAAGCCCAAGGAGUCCAAGCUCAUCCUGGUCAAGCUGGUGCCCAAGUUCUGUGAGUACUACUACGAGCAGGUGCUGCAGGAGGGAGCCUCUUCCCUGGACAGCCACACCAUCAGCCUGCAGCUCUCCAACUCCUUCGACCUCAUGGAGCUCAUCGAGCAGUACAACAUGCAGCUGGGCUGAGCCCUCCUGCCCUGCUCCCCUUGGCCCUGGC